GUGGGAGAAGAUGCCAACUCCUGGGAGUGUGCAGACUGCAGAGGCACGGGCACUGUGACCUCUGUUGAACCCGGCUCAGACCCCAACCCCCCAGGCCAGAGGGGAUUUUGGCCGGUGCCCGGCUGUGCAAGCAGAGGCCCCUGCACCGUGGGAACGUCCUCCGGCCUCUCCCCCAUCCCGCUCCCAGCAUUACCCCAAACCGCUACCCCGGAGCGGUGCUGAGGGGGACAGCGCUGACGUCCCCUGCCGGUGUGCGGACUCUGCUGGUGGGAAGACUGUGACCCCGAGGUCUUUGGGCAGCUGUGCCAUCAGCAUGGGCUCUGCAUCCAUGAGAACUGCCUGCCACUUGUAGUGAUGGAGCUGAGGUCACAGCACCGCAAGAUGGGGGAGUCCCCCACCGUGCCGCCGGAGGAGCAGGCAGGACCCUCUGGUGUGCCUCCCCCACGCAAAAAGAAGCGUCAGGCCCCCAAGGAGGAAGUGUGCGGGCUGUGCCGACGGGGAGACUGUGACCCCGAGAUCUUCGGGCAGCUGUGCCGUCAGAAUAGGCUCCUCAUCCAUGAGAACUGCCUGUACCACGCCAGCAGACUGAUGCAGAGAGGGGCCGAUGAAGAGGGCUUCUAUGGCUUCCUCUUCCCUGACAUCCGGCAGGAGCUGAAGCGGGUGGCACAAAAGAGGUGCUGCAUCUGCCGGCUGCAGGGUGCCUCGGUCACCUGCAAGAGCCGGCGCUGCCGACGAACGUUCCACUUCCCCUGCGGAAGCGAGCGAGGCUGCAUCUCCCAGUUCUUUGGGGAGUUCAAGUCCUUCUGCUGGAAGCACCGGCCGGUGCAGCGGGUGCGGGCGGUGCAGCAUGGCCAGACCCCCUGCCUCAUUUGCCUGGAGGCAGUGGCGGGGCGACCCACCUAUGACACCCUGGUCUGCCCUGCCUGUGCCAGCGCCUGGUUCCACCGUCGCUGCAUCCAGGGCCAGGCGCUGCGGUCUGCCCUGCACUACUUCUGCUGCCCGCUAUGCCGGGACAUGGCAACCUUCCAGGCGGAGAUGUUCCGCCUGGGCAUCAAAAUCCCCGACAGGGAUGCUGCCUGGGAGGAGGAGGAUGGAGCCUUCGCGGAACAUUAUGAGCGGCACAGCUCCUGCGAUGCUGGCCUGUGCCUGUGCCCGGCAGGACGGGAGCAGGCGGAGGUGAAUGGGCCCUGGAGACUCCUGCUCUGCAGCUCCUGCGGCUCCCGCGGAACACACCAGCUCUGCUCUGCCGUGGGAGAAGAUGCCAACUCCUGGGAGUGUGCAGACUGCAGAGGCAUGGGCACUGUGCCCCUCGUUGCAGCCGGCCCAGACUCCAGCUCCCCCGGCGCAGGGACCCUCACGCAGCCCCUUGGCUGAGGAAGAAGAGGCCAGGAUCUUCAAAGGACACCCCGCUGCCCUCCCAGCCCCCUUCCCAGGAUCCUGCCGAUCCUUGCUAAUACAAGUUGGAAUUUCACACGUGCGUUUGCUGAUAUUCCUGAGGGCAAGAGCCUCCACGGUGGCCCUGACCCUCCUGUUGGCGCCGUGAUACGGCCCGUGGAUUACUCUCCGUUAUGUCAGGGUCACCCGGGUUCGCUGAGCUGGACACGACAAGGAAACCACAGCAGGGAAAGCACCGGCCAUGGGGUUUGGAGUUUUAGAUUCCAUUUGGGUGCCCGGUGGGGACCGGCCGGAGCACAAGCUCCCACGACACCGACCCUUCGCCUGCUGCAAGGACCCCACCGGCCAUGAGCCAGGCUGAGGCACGAAGCUCCGUGGCCAGAGCCCUGAUGGCAAUCCCAAGCGGGCAGCUGUGAAGCAAGGCCAGCAAGCUCCAGGCAGGGAUUUGCUUUGCAACAGCCCCAGCAGCGUCGCUGUGUCGGGGGACUGUUGAGCUGCUCUGCUGACGGACCGCCCAGCCCAGCUCAGCUGCCACGGCCACUAGCGCUGGCAGAAAACCGCUCCCAGGUGUCAAAUCCCAACUUGUCCCCAGU